AUAAAAUCCAUGUUAUUCGGCCUAUUCCCACCAAACUACAAUAGCACCCUGAUCAGAUCAACCGGGGUUCCAAUCAUGGAGUCACGGGCCUCACGGCCGUCCAAAGUCGGCCAAGAUAGAGAUCGAAUCAGCGCAUUACCGGACGAUCUCCUCCUCGGAAUCCUUGAACGCCUCAGCCUGCAUGAGGCGGUCCGCGCCGGCGCGGUCUCCACGCGGUGGCGGCACCUCCCGCACCAGCUCUCGCGCGUGGACCUCGACGUCGAUGACUUCCAGGGCAGAUCGCCGGACGCGUUCGCGGGUGCGGUGUGCAGGUUGCUGGAUUGCAAGUGCGACUGCAACAGCAGGCGUUCCGUCAAGACCCUCGGCCUCCGCUUCCACCUGUCGGCCCCUAACCUGAGCUCCAUCGGCCGCGCCGUCGAGGACACCGUGACCCGUGGCCACACCGAAUGCCUCGAGUUCGAGGUAAUUCCGCCUACAUCCGACUCUGACCUGACAGCCGUCGGGCGCACCGAGCUUGGUCAGCAAUUCAUGUCCUUCUCUCAUGCCUGCCCCAUCGCCUUCCGGUGGCUCACGGACCUAUCGCUCACGAGCCUCGACCUCGGGGACGCCGACCUGCCGAGCCUCAUGGGCGCUUGCGAUAAGCUCCAGCACCUCUCCUUAACAUCCUGCAGAUUCGGUUGGCACUCUGCGCUCCAGAUCGACGUGCCCAACUCUGCAAUUCAGAGCCUCGACUUCGUCCGCUGUAGUUGCAUGCGGAUCGAGCUUGUUUCUGUGCCAAAGCUGACGCAUCUCAUGUGCGAGUCUUGGAACUCCGAGAACACCCCGCUGCGCCUCGGCUAUGUACCUCAACUUCGCUCGGUGAUCCUCUGUUCUCAUGCAGGGGUGUGGCAGGCGCCCUUCGCGCUCAGCGACUGCCUCACAACGGAUGUCACCAGCCUGUCGCAGCUGCAUCUUAAUUUUAGCUGCCAAAUGAUUUGGAUUAAGCCUGAACAUUCGAAACUCCUCACUCCUAUAUUCCGCAAUCUCAAGGAUUUGUGGCUUUGGCAUAUCUUUCCUGAGUGUGAUCUCAACUGGACCCUGUUUAUCCUUGAAGCUGCGCCUGCCCUGCAAUUGCUUAUAUUAAGACGGGCUCGUCAUUCCUGCGUCAAAACGUCCGAGUUCAGUGCCGAGAAGGCCAACGUGGUGUGGGAACCAUCCAAGGAUCUGAAGCGAACUUAAGGUUGCUGGUGAUGAUAGGGUUCGAGGAGGAAGACAAGGCGACAAACUAUAUAAGAUUUGUCAUGGAACGAGUUGUGGGGUUGCGUGGAAUCAUGCUGUGUGGGUCAAACUUGCGAGGCAUGCGAUGCCAUCGACCUCGAGUCCCCGACAAGAUACGAGGCGGAUAAAGCCUGCAGGCGUCGCAUUAAGGAGCGACUCACACAUGGAUCCUCUUCGUCCGUGAAGAUAAUUAACUGCGAUCGAGAUGGAAAUGAACUGGUAAUAAUUAAUCUCAUAGAUGAAGUGCUCAAAGGUCACAGCUGUUGGUGGAGUGAUAGCGUAUGAGGGUCAAUCAGUCGCAAUUUACUUUUAUCUUACUUAUAUAUAGGUAGCCAGGAAAUACUUUAAUUCAUGUGGUGUGUUGACUGCAGUCCUCUCUUAGGAAACAUUUAUGAAAACAUGUAGAUACAGAAAAACAUUAGCAUGGCCCUGAUGGAACUUUAGUAAACAUACAUGUAGAUACAGAAAAACAUUAGCAUGGCCCUGAUGGAACUUUAGUCGUGGCGAUUCGGACCUACCUUCAGA